AUGACCGAUAUCUGGAGAAAUUUGCCCGCUCCAGGGUGGACUUUGGGUGUUACGCGCGAUCCCCGCGCUCGCGCUCUCACACAGCUCGGGCAUCGCCGCUGCGCACGGCGCCUGCGUCGAAAAGACAAAGCGGCGGAUGUGCCCGGCGAUCUCCCGUUGCCGCCCUCUCGUCCGCCCUCCGCUCACUAUAUUCACCGCCAGAGAGUGGAGGAUGGAGGCACCACGCGUCUUCCGCACUCCUCAACUGAUAUGACAAACUUACGGUAUGAGCCACCUCGAAAACACGCGCGGGCGGCGGGCGCUCCGUAG